AAAACACAAAAAAAAGAAAAAAAAAAAAAAAGUUCGGGUCGUCCCCAUUGGCCCCUGCCGCGGCUCCCAGUUGGAGAAAGAGGAGCUUCUUGUGAUGAUUUCUCAAUGGAAGAGCCAUCUAAGGAUGGUCCUGAAGCCAUUCCAGUUGUUGGGUCGCCCAGUCCUCAAAACAGGCAACUUGAAACUCCUGAAGAUUCAGUAAUUCAUUCAUCUACUCCUAAAGAAUGGGCAGAUGCUUUUGCCGAAAAAAGAAAUGAUUUUGAUAGAACACAAGGGCAGGAGGAUCUUCCCGGCAGAGAAGGACCAGAAUCCAUUGCCCGAGAUGGGCCAGAGCCUGUUACUAGGAAGGGUAAAAGAGCUAUUGCUUUGAAGGCACAUGAGCCUGUUCAGGUUGUAGAAGAAGGAUACGAGGGCGAGCCCAGGUUAGGAAUGGCCUUCAGAUCCCCUGAAGAAGCUUUUAGAUAUUACGACCGUUACGCUCACCAUGCUGGAUUUGGAAUAAAGAUAUUCUCCUCGCGGUACCUUAAAGAUGGGAACUGUCGGUAUCUUAUGCUCUCUUGUAAUAAGGAUGGUGAUGUUAAAUAUAAGAUGGACUACCAUAUGACUAAAGAUGCGUUCAAAACGAAUUGUAUGGCAAGGAUUGGAAUGAUGAGGAGGAACGAUGGAUUGCUUCACGUCACCAAACUUAUUAGUGAACAUAACCAUCCCCUUACCCCCGGUAAAGCUAAGUCCUUCCAGUCGAGGAAGAGGAAACAAUAUCUCGGAGAUAAAGAAGGCAUUGAAAUGCCAAUAGAGGAAUAUGUGCAGAAUAGUAAAGAAAGUGGAGAAAGGAUAUGCAAUUUAAAGCUCAUGGGACGGGAUCGUGAAGCAAUACAGGAGUUCUUUGUUGAGAUGCAAACCAAGAACAGUUACUUCUUCCAAUCUAUUGAUUUAGAUGAAGAAGGCCGUAUAAAGAAUGUAUUCUGGGCUGAUGGAAUAUCGAGGAAAGCUUAUCAAUACUUCAAUGAUGUGGUUUUAUUUGAUACAACCUUUUUAAUUGAUAAGUUUGAUGUUCCUCUUGUCUCCAUUCUUGGAGUGAACCACCAUGGACAGUUUGUUUUACUUGGUUGUGGUUUAAUUUCAGAAGAUACAAGUGACACAUACACUUGGCUGUUCAAGACUUGGUUGUCAUGUAUGAACGGAAAUCCUCCAACAGCAAUAAUCACCGACCAAAGUGAAGGGAUCCAAGAAGCCAUCAUUAAGGUUUUUCCAAGAUCUCGCCAUCGCCAGUGUCUGUGGCAUAUAUUAAAAAGAGUACAAAAUAACUUACAAGAACUUGCAAAUUAUGAAGAAAUCAAGGAGUCUCUGGAAAAGGUGUUGUAUGAUUCUCUGAGGCCCCACGAGUUCGAAGAAGAGUGGCAAAACGUGACUCUGAGGUUUGGACUCGAAGAAAAUGAAUGGAUAAGGUCAUUGUAUGAAGAUCGAAGAAUUUGGUCUCCUGUUUUUGUUAAAGAUUCAUUUUGGGCCGGAAUGUCGAUAACUAUACGUGGUGAAUGCAUGAAGUCCUUUUUUGAUGGGCAUGUUCACCAGAAGACUACUAUACAACAGUUUCUUAAUAAUUAUAAAAUUAUAAUGCAGAGUAAGCACGACGAGGAAGUUCAGGCCGAUUAUGACUCUUUGCAUAGAAGCCCUCAAUUAGUAACGCAAUUUUACAUGGAGCAGCAAUUAUGCAAGUUCUACACAAUGAAAAUGUUUAAAACAUUCCAAGAUGAGAUCAAGGCUUUGACCUAUUGCACCCCUUCACUGGUGAAAGUUGAUGGAUUAGUAUCCUUCUUUGAGGUAAUAGACCACACAAGAGUGAAAGAUGGUUUAGCCUUAGAGCAAAAGAGCUAUGAGGUUCUUUACAGUGAAAAUGGGUUUGAAUUUAGCUGUAUUUGUGGCUACUUUCAGUUCAAGGGUAUUCUAUGUAGGCAUGUGCUCUCGGUGCUAAAUUAUCAAGGUGUGGUUGAAAUUCCAUCAAAGUACAUUGUUGAACGCUGGAAAAAGGACUUCAAGCAGAUUAAUUCGAUUAAGCACUUUCCUAAUGAGAUGGUGGCUGAUGGGUUGGUAGAACAACAUGAAAAUUUCCGCAACCAGUGCCUGAAACUUGCUGAGAUUGGGAUGCUAUACGAUGGAAGAUUCAAAUGUGCAGUUAAAGUAGUCAAUGAAGCAAUACACAAACUGCUUUCUGAUGAGGCCGUUUGUAAUGAGGCACAAGCUGAAGCUGCUUCUCCUGAAGAUGGGAUGAAUUGUCAUAUGGUUAGUUUCUCUUUGAAUGAAAACAGGAAUGUGGGUGGCGAAACUGUUGGACCAUUAAGGAGGCAGAUUUUGAAUCAUCCCCAGUUUCAGUUUUUCCAGGAUAGGGUUCAGACCGAUCAGCCGACUUCUAGCUAUCGAUCAGGGGCAGAGUGGGGCUUCCAACAAUAUUUUCAUGAUACUCAUUUACCGGGGGCGACUCCUGAUCCAAGGUCUUGGUAGAAGUUGUAACAUUGUUAGGUAAUCCUACUGCACAUGCUGUGGAUAAGUCGGAUUAAACCGUGCAUAGCAUGAAAGAAUUUGCUAAAAGGUUUGCUGCAUUUUAGCUUAAAUUCUUUUUCUUCUGGGCCUAAAUCCAAUACCGUAUUGUUGUAUAUUACUGUCAGAUUGCCUCUUUGGUCCUUUUCCAGUUCAUGAAAGUCAUACCAGUAACAAAUCGUGAAUGAUAAGUUGCUAGCAGCCGAGAGGAUUGAAACCCUAGCAAAUGUGGGAGCUCUUCUGUAUUAGAUCUGUAUGGAGUUAAAAGUUUCAUUGAUUUAUGACAUAAUCUCUUGGAAGGCCAAUGCCAAUAGCUCUGAUCUUUUCAUAUGCGUAUAUAUGCUUGUGAGAACUCUCUGCCAAUCCUCCUAAUGUGUAUAUGUUCAUGUUUAGUUGUGAUAAAAGGAUUUAAAAAUGAUCAUUGUGGACCUUAA